GGUCAAUACAAUAUAUGGAGUGGCGGAGGAGUACAAGGGGGCAGCAUCGGCAAUUGGGGAGGGACUAGAAACGACAGAACCACUCCAAAACUUCCAACACUUUGUCCUCUUCGUCCUUCGGCGACGGCAUAUACACUCCUCUAAAAGGAAGCUGAUCCUUUUCAAACAUGAGUCUCGAGGGGGGAAUGAAGUGUGUCAAGUUCAUGCUCUUCUUUUUCAACUUCAUUUUCUGGUUAUGUGGCCUGGCGCUGAUUGUAGUGGGAGUCCUGGUUCAAGUGUCCUUGCAUAACACCCUGAUGAUCAGGGAUGCGUCUGCGUCAGGAGCUCCCAUCGUCAUCAUCGCCGUUGGUGUGGUCAUUUUCUUUGUUGCUUUCUUCGGCUGCUGUGGUGCCUGGAAGGAGAACUACUGCAUGGUGACCAUGUUUGCCAUCCUUCUCUCACUGGUCAUCCUUGUUCAGAUUGCCACAGCAAUCGCUGGUUACAUCUUCAGAAACAAAGUCUCAGACGUCGUCCAGGCUAGUUUGACUGACAUGAUUUCCAGUUACAGCAACAGCUCAGCUGAAUUCAGAGCCAGCGUGGAUGUACUGCAGGAGGAUUUGAAAUGCUGCGGCAUGAACAACUCCACAGACUGGAGAAGCUUCCGACCCGAUGGGAACUCCGUACCGGACUCGUGCUGUUUGAAUGUCUCUACAAAUUGUGGAAUUGGUGCCAUGACAGACUCUGCCAAAGUGUACCAAGAGGGUUGUCGCAAAGCAGUCGAGGAGUUACUCAAGAAAAACAUCCAGUGGGUGAUAAUUGCAGCCCUGGUUCUUGCUUUUAUCGAGAUCGCAGGCGUUGUGUUUGCCUGUGUGCUGAUGAGAGGCAUCCGCAGCGGCUACGAAGUCAUGUGAUUCAGUUCAGUUCAUACCUACGUAACAAUGGCGCUUAAAUAUUUUUUUUU